AUGCAAUUCGCUUUAGUCUCAGUUUUCUUUGCCGUUGGCGUCCUCGCAAAGAAUGGGCAAGCAUUGACCUGCACCCUCAUAUUGAGUUCAGCUCUGCUAACACGCGAUCACAGUUGUGGCUUUCCCGAUGGCCCGGACUGCGUCUCACUGGGCAGGGCAAGCGACGGCCUGGAAGUAUUCCGCGAUAAUGACGGCUGCUGUCUCCUCCCCGCCCGUUGCGGUAACGAAGCCGGCGUUAACUGCCGUCGCGAGAACGAGGGUCCCGAUGGUCUGCCGAUCAACAAAAGGAGGGCUCAGAAGAACUACAUGGCAUAA